UUAAGGGGUGGUCUCUUUUAAAUAAACUAUAAUGCAAAAGGAACAAAGCGUUUCAGAGUCCUUUAAACGGCCAGUUAAACAUAAUUAUUUAAACAACAGUUAAACAACAUAAUUUGAAGGUUGUUUCAUAAGCAUACAAAGCGCAGGUGUAGAUGUUACAUUUUGGUCGGUUGGAGGUCAUUAAUGGUGCCAGCCGCGCCAACAUUGAAAGUUUUUGUGAAAGUGGACACAAUUUGACGUCGAUAAGCCGAUUCAACCCGUUCAUGUGUCCACAAGUUACUGCUACGACACCCGGAGAUAAAUACACCGACCGCCCAAACGAGCCGUGGACACGGGACCGUGGAGCCCUCCAUCUGAGCAGCGGGACAGAUUCUCCCCCCCCCCCCGUGUCAGUGGCCAGCUGGAAGGGUUUGACACUCGAGCCGCUCAGAGAUUGUGAGCUGCAAGGCUGUCGCGUUGCCGGCUCAUCUGCCCGGACCCCCAUUUCGGAUUAAAGAGUUCCCCAUUGACUCGACUGUGGCUGACCGGUGACCCCCGAUCUGCUACUGAAACCCCCUCCCGCCCCUCCUUCCGGGUCACCGGCGAGCUUAAUAGAGGUGGUCUGGCCCGGACCUGAUGUGGAAUUUGCCCCCGACUGACCCCGUCCCAGAAGUAGCCUUUCACUGAGUGGACUUGGUGGAGAGGAAGGAUAAAAGAGCAAGAGGGGGGCGUCAGGGAAGAAAAGGAGGAAGAUACGGAGAGAAGUGGGAGCCGCAGCACAGCGACCGUUCCUCAAGGAUGCCGGUGGAGACCCUGCGGCCAUCAGACGGUCGCCUGGCCGGGGGCCCCUUCACCUCCUCCAUGCCCUUCAGGAUACUCCACAAGGGCCCCGACUACUUCCGCCGGCAGGCCGAGCCGGGCGCCCGCAAGCUGAGCGCCGUGGAGCGCCUGGAGGCCGACAAGGCCAAGUACGUGAAGAGCCAGCAGGUGGCCCUCACCCGCCAGGCCCCCAUCAAAGCACCCGUCAUCCGCAAGCCCCUGGUUCCCCCGGGGAUGCUGCCGCAGUGCCAGACAAGCACUCCCCCCGCCCGCAAAGUUGUCCGCUGCCCGGCCGAUGUGGAGAACGGGGGAGGGAGGGACGGACUGGGGUGGAGGCGAGGACCUGCUCUUAACUUGGAUAUUCUGAACAAUCUUAUCAAUGAUGUAUGCGUUGGCCCAAUGCCCUGCUCCCAGUCCUCUUCCUCCACCUCCCCCUCCUCUUCGUCCCCCUCAUCGGGGGCCAAGAGCAUCGGCAGUAGCCUGUCUGCAGAGCAAGAGAGGAGCAACCGGCUGCUCAACAACCUCAAGCCGCUGAAUCACGGCACCGUCAACUCGUCGUCCACCUCCUCCUGCACUUCCUCUCCACUCAACAACAACCUCCGGACCCCCGCGGCAGAGCCCGCCCGCCGCCCGCCCCCUGUUCCCGCGCGAGCGCCCCGCGUUGGGGCGCCAGCUCCCCACAUCUCCCCGAACUCGGUGACGGUGCGCAGGGUGGACGUUCGGCCUCUGGCUGCGAUGAGGAAGCCUCAGAGGGUCCUGCUGCAGCCCCAACUCCGGCCCAGACAGACUGCCCAGGGCCAGGUCGCACACCCCCAGGGCCCGCCCCCGCCACCCCCCGCGGCCUCGCAGAACCAGCUCCUCACCCCUCCCAAAGCCCUGCCCUGCCCUCCAGUCUACCUGCCCCCCAGCCCCAUGCUGGGCCGAACCAGCAUGAUCCCGCCGGCCUCCCCCGCGUUCACCCGCAUAUCAAACGCCAGCUCCAAGGGCUCCGCCCGCAAGCACCCGGCGCUGCACCGCUCCAAGUCGGACCUGAGCGACCGUUACUCGCGCGCCACCGCCGACCUGGAGCGCUUCUUCAACUACUGCGGGCUGGACCCGGGGGAGGUGGAGGGCAUGGGGGGAGUGGAGCGCUUCACAAGGGCCAACUCUGACAUUGUGUCUGUCUCCAAGCUGCGCAGCGUCAGCACGCCCAGCUCCGAGGGCGGGGACGAAGACGGCGACGAGGGCCGGCCGAGGGCCGGAGAGCAGGAAGACGACGGGGCCGCCCGGGCCAACGAACGGGUCCCCUACGGCAUAUCCGUCAUCGAGAGGAACGCUCGGGUCAUCAAGUGGCUGUACGGCAUCCGCCAGGCACGGGACACGAACAGCGGCGUGUCGAACGUGUAGACUAACCACGACCUUUGGCGUGUGCUGCGCUCGUGUCUGAAGAAGGGAGGAGCGCCCCUUUGGCUGCCUUUAUGUCACGUUCAAGAAAUAUUCCCGGGGUGACGCUUGUUCUCGGAGUCACACAUCAGUGAUUGUUUUUGGGGGCUGCAAGUCAGGACUGCUUCCCUGCAGGACUAAACGGACCAUACGUCCUCCUUUCUUCACUUGAUCCUGUAUACGAAAGCAAUAAUAGACUGAAGGCAGAGGAACAUUUUGUUUGUGGUUCCUCAUGUUUCGGUACUGUGUGUGUGUGUGUGUCACAAAGCCAGUGGAACUCUCCUGCAAACUGCUGGAGGAAGAGAACCAUGUUGAUACUGUGAAACUUCAUUUACAAAAAGCUUCCGUAAAAAAAAAAAGAAAAAAAGACAACUUUGGGCUGUAAGACUGUUAUUAUACACAUUUCUGUCAGCAUGCGAGUGAAGCGUUUUGUACACAUUCAUUUUAAGGUUUUCGUCGGGCGGACAAAGCGCAAAGCUUUCACGCCGACAAUCGUGUGUGUGUGUGUGUGUGUGUGUGUGUGUGUGUGUGUGUGUGUGUGUGUGUGUGUGUGUGUGUGUGUGUGUGUGUGUGUGUGUGUGUGUGUGUGUGUGUGUGUGUGUGUGUGUGUGUGAGAGAGACACACACGUGGUCUCACAACCUACAUUAUGCUGCACUGAUGCAGAGCAGACAAAAACCUGUUUACGACGUAUGUCUCAGCAUGUGUGAGGAUGCUUUGGAAGUAAAUGCAGCGUGAAAGUGGAGAGAAAAUCAAAAGGCAGGGAGAAGAGAAGGGGAAAAAAAGAUUCUAUCACGACUCCGAAAGUGUCUCAGGAAGAUGCACUUGCCAUACAAACAAAUAUAUGGACCAAUAUUUAUUUGGAAAAUCUUAACUUAAUGUAUUUUUUAAUAUUGGACAACUUGAUGUACAGAAUUCAAUCUCCGAUCCGAAGUGCAAUCUGAUCACAUCUACCACAAAUAUAGUGUAGGGACAUACAGGGUCACUUUUUAAAACCACACAGAUACCGAAGCAGGUCAAAGAAAGCAACGCCAUCGUGUAUUUAUUCCACUUCCUGUUCGUCAAAGUGGGAGCGAGGGAGGAAGUCCCUCCUGUGUCUACUUCCCCCUUUUUAACGUAUCAGCACAUGGAGCGGGAGCGUCCUCCUCGUAGUGCUCACAGGGGGCUGUCGAUGCCCAAAGAAUCUUCAAGUGAGGGAUCCAAAUGAUUUACAUUGGUGUAUUUCUUACCCAUGAAUAAAAACAAAACAAUUGUUAAACUUGUUGUUUUUUUUUUCUCUCAUUGUUCUCUGGUCUUUGGAGUUGUCUAAAAACCCAAAUCUCUGGUUCUUGUUAAGUACUCCUCAUAAAGUCGCUAUAACAAC